AUGGGCUUACGCAUCCUUCCAGGCAAUUCCAAGGAUUUUGCCGCCGUUUUUAAAGAUUUAAGCAAAGAGCACUAUGAAUCAAACAUCUUACCAAGAUACAGUAAAUCGACGCCAUACCUUUAUGAGGAGCAGCUUCCUUUACCAGUAUAUGGAAUAGCUCAUGGUUACCCGUAUCGUAAAAAGGAGAAAGAUAGUACAGACGACUAUUCAAUAGGAAGUACUCAGAGCUCACGACAGGAUGACGGUGACCAUACGUUUCAUGAUGAACUCCAAAAGGAUACGCCGGAGUAUCCAGACGAUGACAAGCAGUACGACGGAGACUAUGAGGCAGACAAGGAAAAAUCAGCAAGCAAAGAACCCGAAGAGGAGGAACAAGAGGAUGGGGAAGAUGAUACCGCACAAGAACAAGGACAAGAUGAGUCACAAGAGGAGGAUGAUGAUGAAGAAGAUGCAGAAGAAGAACCACAGGGCCCAGAGCCGGAGCAUAACGAACAAGAAUAUGAAGAGGAGAAUUCUCAUGCAAAUGCAGAACCUGAACAAGCGAACUCCCGAGAGGAGUAUGAAGAAGAACACGAAAAACCUGAGCGGCAUCAUAGAUAUCGACACCCAAACGGGAACGGAUCGAAAGAGAGUGGGAAUGGCUUAGACUCCGAACAUUCGGAUUCAGCACAUUACGAGGAUUCUGGACGAGGGAAGAAAAGAAGAAGGUAUAGCGGUGAGCAAGACUCCGCUGAGAAAAAGCGAACACGGCCUCGCAAGCCACCGGAUGGUAAAGUAGUCGGAGUGAAUAUGGGCGUCGUAGCAGGAGUGUACCCACACCAAUCAAAAGAACCCAAAAACGAAAUUCCCGGAAGGUAUUCGCCACUUAGUGGUCCCUUCCCAUCAUACGAGCAUGAAGAGACUACAACGCGAAGUACUGCAAAGCCUAAAAGAAAAACGAAAAAAUAUCGCAAGAAGCAUAGACAGAGAGAACAUACACGCUCACCCGAUUACUCCUCGAACAGAAACAGGAGUCAAAAAUCAAAAGAGCGGGCAAAGUGGGUGAAUGUACAGAUACAAGACGAUGCAACAUAUGCGAAAACUCCGCAGCCCAUCCGUUACGGUCCAUUUGAUGCAUAUUUCGUAGUAAGACCAGAGCCGUCGGGUCGUCAGCAGGGUGAAUUCAAAAGUUUUAGUAGCUUCCCUAAAGGGAUCCAACAGCAAGUGAGCGGGACGCUGUCUGUGAAAACCCCAAGCGGGAUUCAUGGCUAUAAUGAGUACCCAGUUGACGUUGUACUCCAAACAAGACCAGCACAAGUUGAACCGCAGCUGGAUAAGCCGCCGCAAUCCACACAACUCGACGCGCAAGAUGAUUUGAAGGUGACGAACUACGAAAAGCAAACUUCAAAGAUUUUCGAUGUCCAAAGCAGCUCUAAAGCACCGUACACGGAUCCAGCCGUCCAGAAUAGCUUGAGUGAUAGGAGGCCCUUGGCGUACGAGAACGAAGGGGGUUAUCGAAGCAUCGAUGCUUUCACAAACAACUGCCCCAACUGCCGCUGGUCAACUGCGAACCAGACGCAUCACAUUCCAGAGCAUGUACCUCCAAAAAGUUCAGGAGCAAGUAUGGAAGCAAGAGAACCUGACGGACCACCAAAACCACCACCCUUUGACUUUCGUAAUCUCCACCACGGUGAAUAUGUGGAUUUUGGAGUUCGCACACGGUCGCAGAUCCCACCUUCGACAGCCGAGCACCCAUCAGAACUACCACAUUCGGCUUCUUUGAAUUUGAAUUCUACAGGUUUGUCACCGCUUAAAGCAGACAGUCGAAUGAGUCAAAGGUGGUGA